CUGAAAUCGCUUAAUUUCUGCAUUUUCCUCAGACAGCAAUCUCUAAACUUUAUUCCCAGAAAUUUUUCCAUUCAGCAAAAUGCAUCGACCAGCGUAACUCAGCUUUGUACAAAAGUAUUUGAAGUGGACGAACAACAGUUACGACUUUGGCUGACUGUUCGGGAGAUUGUUGCGGGUGAUGAAUCUGUCCGGAAACCACUUACUGCUCUUGAAGCUGUUACGCGGAGAGAUGCGCUGGUAAAGAUGCUCUAUGCUGCCCUAUUUGCAUGGAUUGUGAAGAAAGUGAAUGAAGCACUGGGGGUACAAAUGAAAAAUAGUGGUUCGAAAAGUGCCUGCAGAUUUAUCGGUGUUCUGGAUAUCUAUGGGCGAACGUUCCAAAUCAACAGUUUCGAACAGUUUUGCAUCAAUUAUGCGAAUGAAAAGCUCCAGCAGCAAUUUUGCCAGCACGUAUUCAAACUUGAGCAGUCCGAAUAUGAGCGUGAGGAAAUUAACUGGAUACGGAUCGAUUUCUAUGACAAUCAACCAUGUAUCGACUUGAUCGAAGGAAGGCCAGGGAUUAUUGAUUAUCUCGAUGAACAGUGCAAGAUGGGUCAAGGAACGGAUCUUGACUGGUUACGAAAAUUGCACACAUGUCCAUCACUAAAGAAAAUGCAACAUUUCCAACUGCCGAAAAUAAAAGAUCCUUCAUUCAUCAUCAAGCAUUUUGCUGCUGAUGUGGUAUAUAGCGUCAACGGGUUUCUGGAGAAAAACAAAGAUACUGUUAGCGAGCAGCUGCUGGAUGUUAUGAAAAAAAGCAAGGUAAGUCACCUGUUCCGAGUUUUGUUUUAA